CUGAUCGUCCGGCGCAGAAAGACUACAAAAUAAAUCAAGUCGGCAGGGCGAACGUGUUUCUGCUUCCUGCCGUGUGAACAGUAAAACGGUGAACAAAAAAAGCAAACUCAACCAACCGCUGCACCUUCUGAACUCUUUUACACUCGAAAAAGAAACACCGCAGACGAUAGUGCAGCGCGUAUUCAUGGUGGCUAACAGUGGCGUGCGAGUGAACAUCUUCCAUUACAAUCCGGAGUGAAAACGCAUUUCAUAACAACUGCAGCGGUCAGCGGCAGCAUCAGUUUGCAGUGCAUUGACCGAGCAGCAGGCAACGGGAAGAAGCAGUUGUUGUACCGGGCACACAUACACCGCAUAUCUGUGAUUUGGCACCGGCGUGUGACCAGUAUGACGAAAUUUAUGCUUGCCAGGCGCUGCCUGGAGGUAGCGACCGAUACGCUCGGCACGGCCGCAAACACCCUUGCACCCCGGCUAUCGGCCGCUGGACCGUUCGGCUGGAUGAAACAGUACCACACCCUGCCAGGGGGCGUACGCUCACCGGGCCGCCCCUAUUCCACGCAAACCGACAGCCGCAAGUCCGCCACCCAGGGCUUUGACGAUGGCGACCGUCCACCGGUCGAUCCGGAGGCGGUGCAUGCGGAUCUGCUGCGCCGACUGACGAAGCUGUACGAGCAGGAGGUAGCCCGGGAGCUGAUCGUGCCGCCGUUCAAGCGAGCCCUGCUGUACGGCGAGAAGGCAGCCGUCCGCGACCAGGUCGGCGAUUUUACCUUCAUCCAGCUGUACGAAGCGGUCAAACGAUUGGCGGCUCAAAUAUCCAAAUGUUGCGGUAGUGCUUCCCAAUCUCGUGUGGCAUUUCUCUGUCCCAACAAUAUCACAUACGUGAUCAGCCAAUGGGCUUGCUGGUUUUCCGGGCAAGUUGCUGUGCCCUUGAAUGCAAAGUAUCCGGCCGAUCUGCUCGAGUACUAUAUCAAAGAUUCCGAUGCUUCGCUGCUGCUAACGACGCCGGAAUUUCUGCCCCUGGCGGAACCACUGGCCGCAAAGCUACAGAAACCCCUGCUGGUGGUUAAUCAUGACCUGAUCCACACGAACGGUGGUGUGGCGGGUGGUACGACGAACGGAGGGGACGCCACCGCACCGAUGGCCGACGUGGUGUCCUACCUCGAUCCGACGAGAGAAAACUUGCUCCAGCUGAACGAUACGCUCGUGGUGGAAAGCGCACUGAAUGGGGAGUUUUAUCGCGACGCGAACGCACUGAUCCUGUACACCUCCGGCACGACCGGUAAGCCGAAGGGAGUGGUCCUUAGCUACGCCAAUCUGGACGCUCAGCUGCGUGCCCUGGCGCACGCGUGGCAAGUAAGUGCGACCGAUUCGGUGCUACACACGCUGCCGCUCAACCACGUGCACGGGACGAUCAAUGCACUCAACUUGCCGCUGGCCGUCGGGGCGAAGUGCGUCAUGCUGCCCAAGUUCGACAGCAGCAGCGUGUGGAGCUACCUGCUGAACGUGAACAUGACCACGAAGGAGCGCGUGAACGUGUUCAUGGGCGUGCCGACAAUGUACGGGCUGCUGAUCCGCGAGUACGACAGCGUGUUCGGCAAGAACGCGCGCAUGUGCGAUUACGUCAAGACGCACUGCAAGAACAAGAUACGGCUGAUGAUUUCCGGCUCGGCCCCGCUGCCGGGCAAUAUCUUCGCUCGGUGGAAUGAAAUCACGGGCCACCGGUUGCUGGAGCGGUACGGCAUGACCGAAAUCGGUAUGGCCAUCUCGAACCCGUACGUGCAGGAUGGCGAGCAGCGCAGCCGCAAGCAGGGCUGCGUGGGAAUGCCUCUGCCCGGGGUGAGUGUGCGUAUCGUGGAGCAGGAAAGUGGCCGCACACUAACGCUCGAGGGGCGCGAAAAUGAAGGAUAUUGGAAGAGUGGAGCAGCGGACAGCAGCUCGAAGCAGCAGGAGGAAACCAUUGCCGGCCAGCUGUACGUGAAGGGACGCUCGGUGUUCCGCGAGUACUGGCAGAAGCCGCAGGAAACGGCGUCCGAGUUCGAUGCGGACGGUUGGUUCCGGACGGGCGACACGGCACGGUACGAAAACGGCACGAUACGCAUCCUGGGCCGCACCUCGGUGGACAUCAUCAAAUCCGGCGGCUUCAAGCUGUCCGCGCUCGAGAUCGAAACGGCACUGCACGAACAUCCGGACACGAGCGACGUGGCGGUGCUCGGCCUGCCGGACGAAACCUGGGGCCAGCGGGUAGUGGCGGUGAUAAGUUUGCGCGACCACGUUGCCGCCGAAUCGUUCAGCAUUCCAAAGCUGCUGGUGUGGCUGGAACAGAAGCUGCCCAAGCAGGCCAUCCCGAAGGAGGUCCGGCUGGUGGGCGAGAUUCCGCGCAAUGCGAUGGGCAAAAUUAACAAACGCGAACUGAUCGACAGGUUGUACGGAGACAGCACCGCGACAGCAACGCCGACGCCGCCAGCAAGCAGUACGGCGGGAGACGGUAAACCCUAAGCUAACGGUAAACUGUUUGGAGGUCGGUUAAUGCAAAGUCCGCGACCGCAACGCGCACAGCAGAAGGAAACGUAUUUAUAUGCACACCAUGCAUCCGGCGCGGCGACAAUGUGAAGCGGAUGAGAUGAGCUAGAUAGGAAGGAAAGAGGGCAAAACAAGCCCCGGUGGUCUCGUCACUAGUCACACACACACACACACAAAAGCCCAUCUUCCGCUUCACUCGGUCGCCGGCUUACCCGUGGCGGGAGGGAGGAAAUGUUGCAAACUCCCAUUGUGUCUCAGCAUGCAUUAUUGAUUUAUAUUUCGUUUGUAAUUAUGUUCUUCGUAUUGUAUCGUAUCCUCCGCUCGCGGGCGGGCCCAUCUUUCGGCAAUUGUUGGGCGAAACCGGAGCAACGUGGAGAUCGUGAUUGGCGCGAUGAGGGUGGGUGAGUGAGAGUGCGUGAGAAUGGGUGAUAAUGAGCAUAUAUCAUCAUCACCCAUAAUCGGGUAUGUGGGAAUGUGAAACAAACAAAGCUUCUGACAACAAGGUUCCAAAUUUGUUGACGAAUUA